AUGUUCGACUGGUUCAAGUCUUCCAACAAGGAGUCUGCUACCCAGCAGCCCACCUGGAACCCCAACACCAUGACCAUGCAGCAGCCUUCCGCCCCGGAAGCUCCCGUAACCGAGCAGGUCGUCACCGGUCAACCCGGCCAGCAAGAGACGAUGCAGAUGGGCCUGCGUGGUGGUGGUGAGGGCGAGGAUGUGCGCCGGUCUUUGCUGCUUCGAAUGCUGCGAAUGCUGCUGCUAGAUGAGAUAAUCACCCGGAUAGACCAUCUUCUAUACUACGAUCCUUAA